AUGUCAACUAGAUUCCUCACCGUAUUCAUCCUUGCUCAUGUCUGGCUUUUGAUGGCAACAACAUCAAUAGCCCAAGUUGUGAUAGACACAAGUGGCGACGCAGUUGAGGACGAUGAGGAAUACUUCAUCAGGCCUGCUAUCACAGGCAAUGGAGGAGGUUCUACAUUGAUUACCGGAAACGCCCCAUGCCCUCUGCAAGUUGGUCUUGUCAACACUGACUUGGCCCUCGGUUUUCCGGUGGUAUUCACACCUUUUGCCGAUGAUGAUGAAGACGACGUGUUUCUUGACAGAGACUUGAGAGUAACAUUUGCAACUGUCUCAACUUGCGCGCAGUCAACAUCAUGGAGAGUGGGUGAGAAAGAUGCUACGAGUGGAAGGAGGCUGAUUAUAACCGGAAGGGAUGACAGUACAGUUGGAUCAUAUGGUAACUUCUUUAGGAUUGUGUCAACACAAAGUAGAGGUAUCUAUAACAUCCAAUGGUGCCCUGCAGAGGUAUGCCCAAGUUGUAAGUUUGAAUGUGGAACUGUUGGUGUUAUUCGUGAGAAUGGAAAGAUUUUGUUGGCCUUAGAUGGUGGUGCACUCCCUGUUGUGUUCCAGAAGGAAUGAUUAUUAGUAGGAUGGUGAAGUUUAUUUCAGUGGUUUGUUUCGUAUAUUCACUUGCUUUUCAAUAAAUAUUGAUAUCAUGUAUUCUAUCAUGGAAGGAAAGGGUUAGAUGCAUUCUAUCAUGGAAUAAAGGCUCAGUUGGGUAUGUGUAUUUUCUCUCCUAAGUAUAAGAAUAAAUAAGUUGGAUCCAGUGUAUUUUAUUUAUAGUCAUCUUGUAAUGAUAUAUUUAGUGACAU